CGCCGGCUCGCACGCUCGUCCAGUCUCUACCAGACUGCAACAAAAUGGGCUGGCGUCUGGUUUCCACCAUCGGCAGCUGGAUCCCAUGUCUGUGCAGUGGUGCUCCAUGUCUGGUGUGCUCCUGUUGCCCGACUGGGAGAACUUCAAUUGUAACACGACUGGUUUAUACAACUAUACUAUUGAUUGGUACAUGUGUUGCUGGCAUCAUGCUUGUUCCUGCGGUGGAAGAUCAAUUGAUGAAGAUUCCAGGAUUCUGCGAGUUUGGUUCUAAUACCCAGUUGCCUGAAGAGAAUCCUGCCAUAUGCAGAGUGUUGGUUGGUUACAAGUCCGUGUAUCGCACCUGCUUUGGAAUGGCCACUUUCUUUUUGCUUUUAGCUUUGCUUAUGAUCAAUGUCAGAAAUAGCAGAGAUCCAAGGGCCCUGGUGCAUAACGGUUUCUGGCUAUUCAAGUUUGGAGCACUUGUUUCAAUUAUGGUUGGUGCAUUUUAUAUCCCUGAAGGAUAUUUCAGCCGAGUGUCAUUUGGAAUUGGUUCAGCUGGUGCUUUUUGUUUCAUCCUAACACAACUGGUCCUGCUGAUUGACUUUGGCAACUCCUGGAAUGAAUCCUGGCUGAAAAAAUCAGAAGAGGGCGGAUCGCGCUGUUGGCAUUUUGCACUUCUAUCAGUUACCUGUCUUAACUACGUUUUGUCAUUAACCACUGCAGUCCUCUGCUACAUGUUUUACACUGCAGUAGAUGGCUGUAUUGAAAAUAAAUUUGUUAUUAGCUUCAACACACUUAUUUGUGUUGUAGCUUCUUUAAUAUCAGUUCAUCCAAAGAUUCAGGAAUUCCAGGUUUGUACUGGCCUUCAGCCCUCCAUCAUCUCUCUGUAUAUUAUGUACCUUACCUGGUCAGCAAUGACAAAUGAGCCAGAUGAUAAAUGCAAUCCCAUCAUAAUGAGCUUCUUUGAGCAGACAAUUCCCAGCUCUGACUUAAAUAACAACACUGCAAUCACAACUAAUGCCUUAGACAGAGGAUUAAAAUGGGAUAUCCAAUGCAUUGUCGGAUUAGUUUUAUUUCUUAUUUGCAUCUUAUAUUUGAGCAUUAGGAAGUCGAGCUGCACACAGAGGCAUGGCCACUCCAUCAAUAAUAUAGAUGCCGGAUCUUUGGAAAGUGUAUCAAUCCAGGAGGGCUGUGAAGAAGUACAUCGAUUUCAGGACAAUGAAAAGGAAGGAGUUCAUUACAGUUACUCAUUUUUCCACUUCAUUCUUUUCCUGGCAUCUAUGUAUGUUAUGAUGACACUAACUAAUUGGCAUAGUCACAGACCUGAUUUCAAGAGCAUUUCAAGCAGCUGGAUUGCAGUUUGGAUGAAGUUUGCUUCCAUAUGGGUUUGUAGCUCCCUUUACAUCUGGACCCUUCUGGCUCCUUUGGUUCUUUCCAAGCAUGAGGAUUUUGACGAAAACAUAAACUGAGAAUGAAGUGGGAAAAGCAGGCAUUGAAGAAGAGUUCACUUACUCUCACUGUGAGAUACUUAAUACAACCUUUCUUAUAAACAACAGCUUUAUACCAAUCUAAAUUAAGUACACAUACUCAAACCACCAUUAAUCUUUGCGGCUCAAGGAUGUGCAUCUGUUGUUAUUGAUAAAUAAUCAUUUAAUCAUGCGUAACCUGUUCUUCAGAUUGAUAAUGGAUUAUCACAUGAAGUUCCAUUGUGAGGAAUAAACAUUCCAUUAUUCAUGCAACUAUGUGAAGUAAUUAUAUAUCUAUGUGUAUUUAUAUUUAUGUCUGUAGAUACAGAAUGCAGCAGCACUAGCAAAUACAUUUGCAAAGAUUAAGAGAAUAAUAAAUUAUGGAACAACAUAGAACGUAGAAAUAUCACGUAGCUUGACAAUCAAAUUUUGUCACUAUGGCCAUUAAUACUUCUGAGAUUUGUAUUACUAACUCUAAACUUAACUUGGAAAAUGUGUGACUCGGGCGGUGUGAUGGUUGGGUUGCCAAGAUUUGAGAACAACUCAAUGCAAGUGAAUUGCCAAGAUUGGAGAACAACUCAUCCUUCUCUAAAUUUGCUUGUAUCUGUAGUCAUCUUCUUCUGGCUUGUAAUAACCAUAACGUCUACCAAAGCAAUAUUGCUAUCAAGUAUAUAGCAAUAAAAUAUUCUAUUUCAGUGCUCAGUGAUUUUAGCUGCUUCCCUUGGGAUUGAGGGUGACUUGAUUCCACUCUUGUGAGUUCUGAGGUGAAUCAUGAGGCCAGUGUGUAAUCUGCUGGUGCUGCCACAGCCAGGUCAAGAGAGCGAGUGAGUUAUUUGAGUAGUUCAGUGCUCCUUCCAUUGCUUACACUGGGCUUUCCAGUGCUCUGAAGGAAUGGAUUCGAAGUUAUCUGUACCCCAUUGCAUGCUUCUCCAUUUUGAGCAGUGUGGUCCAGAGUUAACCACACAUUAGUGUGACUAUUAGAGUCUCUUAACAAAGUUUGAGUCAUUUCCUCUGUCCAGGUGGUAAUGUUGACAGGACAGUGCUUAGAGCAGAAGGUCCACCUCAAAUGUCUGGCUUGGGCAUGCUUUCCUUUUGGAGCUGGUUGAGUGUAAUUAAAUCCCAAUAUAUAGGAGUGUUAGCCCGAGAGAGUGUAUUCUGUAUUCCAUCUCAAUAUCAUAAAAAUUUUGGAUUUAAACAUAUUAUAAAACAUCAUGACAACAGAAUAUUUCCUUUAUGAAUCUUUCCUUUAUGAAUCUUUCCUAUGGAUUUAAAAGCUAGUAGAUUUAGGAAAACAUCUCAGCAAACAUAUAGGUAUUACAUCUAUAUCAGAGCAUUUCUGUUCCAAAUCAGAAUUAGUGUUUAAUGCUGUCUGUUGUUCAGUAUUUCUGUGAAAGUAUUGAACAUAAAGAAAGGUAUAAGAGUUAUUUAUUGGGCCCUACUGUAUGAUUUGGUAAAGACCACUGGAACUGAUAUUUUUGUAAAGCUUUUUGUCACGCGGUAAAGCUGAAGAACCGAGGCUACAAUAGUUCCUUUCAUAAUGCAGCUUAGAAAGGCAGCACUCUGUCUCCAGUGGGUUUCAUUGUUUUUUAAUCCUUUCUUCGGAUGCACUGUAGGAGUCAGUUAAACUAAAUUUCCAGAUCAGGCUCAGUCACACUGAAAUGGUUGUGGAAGUUGUGGCAAGGCCAGGGUUAACAUCAUGUCCAGUCAAGGACGGAUUUCAGAUAGCUAAGGCAAGUAAGGCCUUUGAAGAGCAUUUGCACAAUGGGGAACUGGAGCCAUUUUGGCUUACAGAGAUGAGAUAAGAAUGCAUUCAAAGAAUGCAAGGAGCACCCACACUAACUAAAGGACAAUUACUUUACCAGCUAGUAUCAUUAUUUGUUAGCUUGUAGUUUAUAAUGACUUUUAACACGUGCUGUGAAUGGCAAUUGUUCUUGUAAAUAAAGAACAUGAACAUACAUACUGUUAUCCGUAACUGCGAGUCAAUUCUGUAUAACAUGUAAUUUCUCUGUUCAGACUUCAGACCAGUGUGGUGUCAGGGGCCAAGCUUUUCUCUUUGUGCACAAGUAAAUAAA